AUGACGAGCAUCUCAGAACUGAAGAUUGAUGGUAUUGGAGGACCCCUACAAGUUAGAAUACUACGGAAAUGGAAACAUGAUGUCCGGCAAUAUGAGAGUUGGUACCUAGCUGUCGACAAAUUUGAAGAUGCCAUACAAAUUCUUGGACAGCGAACAAAUCAGAGCUACAUAGAGUCCAUUUUCAAUGUUUCACAGUGUUACAGCAUAUCAGAUUACAGCUGCCCUCAAUUAGAUAAGUAUCAAAAAUUCCUUGAAAAUGCGUUCUAUAUUGAUGUUGGCCUCAAAUCUGUCAUAGAACCAGUUCCAGACACAAUAAUCAUACCCAAAACCUGGUUUCGCUUCAUAUCAAAGUCACAUCUCAUAGAGCUUGGAGAAACACCACCAUAUUAUCCAGAUUACAUUGGCGUUUUAUCAAAGAUCAGGGACUGCACUAAAACAAAUGGGGAAUCAUUUGUGUUACUCAUACUAACCGAUGAAAGUGGUAGUGAACUUGCAAUCAAUCUAUGGAAAGAAUGUAUAACUAAUCCACAGAAGUUCAACCGUGCCACCUUACAUCCACCACUUGCGACAACUGUUGUUGCAGUCACGAACCUGAAACCGUCCAUAUCUAAUGGAGCAUUACGCCAUGGCUCAUCACAUGUUACACAUAUCUAUGUGAAUCCAGAAAUACCGGAAACAACAGCUCUCAUUAACAUAAACACCCUGCCCUCAAUCAUCACUAAUCACAAAGAACAAACAAAAAUGAUGUCGAUCCAAAUGCUUAGAGCAUCGACUCCUGACAAUAUACGUUUCAUAAUAAUAGAUAUCGAAGACUCAACAACUAUGUCUGAAACAUCUGUCCCAACAACACCAGCUCCAGCACGAAUGACAAGAAUGCGACCAAGUGACACAACACCAGACCCGUCGAUACCUGUUCAACACGUUGCACGUGCUCUCACCUACGAUCCUACAGAACCUACGCCAAGAAAAAAUGCAAAGCGGACCGUCAAACAGCAAACAUCAUAG